AUGGACCGCAACGAGUUGAUUGGAAAGUUAAACGAAUACAAACACCGUGUGGAGCAACUUGGGCGCUAUAUGAAUGCUACCAAACCCUCUUCAUUAUACAUUAAUGAGAAUUCACCUUACCAGCAGCGUCGUGAAUCGUUUGAUUCCGAAAUUAUUCGAACCGAGCAAGAUGACUAUAACGAUAAGGCAAAGUUUUCUUUUGAUCAGGGCGAGCUAAACGAGUAUAAAGGCAAUAUGGAACAUGCCUUGGAAUACUAUUCUGACGCCGCAGAGUUAUACCUUAAGGCCUUCAAAGGAUACGAAAACGACAGUGCCGACAAGUUGGAAGCACGAGACAAUUUCACAAGAGCACUGGAUAAAGCAGAAUCAUUAAAGAAACCAUCCCUUUUAUUACCUCCCUCACCUCGCACACGAUCUUCAUCCAACGCAUCAGAUCAUCAUCGUCCCAGUCUAUCCUCCCUUCAUAACCGCUCCAGCUCUAUAUCCUCUGUCUCUCAUUGUCCCACCGAUGACAUAUUAACACAGAAACUAUCAGCAUCCGAAAUUGAAGUAUUAAAACAUACUUCCAAUGUCAAUGAUAAGACAUUUUUACCUUGGAUCGAUGAAACUGAUUUAAAAGAACAGUUCUCUUACCCAACUUCAAAAUACCUGGAUCCAGAAGGUUCAUUGCGUUUGUCAGACAAACAACUCGAAAAAUUCGGUGGCUGGAAACGGCCUGCUGAUAUCAUGCAGCAUCCACAAUUGAUUUGUCUUAUAUCCAGCACAAGUAUAAUUCAAGAUAUUGUGACAGAUUGCUCGUUUGUGGCUUCAUUGUGUGUAGCUGCCGCUUACGAAAGAAAGUUUAAAAAGCAGUUGAUUACUUCCUGUAUAUACCCUCAAAAUAAACACGGUCAACCUUGUUAUAACCCAAACGGAAAAUAUGUCAUCAAACUUGUAUAUAAUGGUAUUGCCAGAAAAGUUGUGGUGGAUGAUCUCUUGCCCGUCUCAAGAGAAGGUACUCUCAUGUGCACCUUUUCAACUAAUAAAGGUGAAUUAUGGGCCAGUAUCAUAGAAAAAGCCUACAUGAAACUCAUGGGUGGCUACGAUUUUCCUGGAUCGAAUUCUGGCAUCGAUUUACAUUGCUUGACAGGUUGGAUUCCAGAACACAUUUUUAUUUCAGAUAAAAGUUUUGUAGCAGACAAUGUAUGGGAUAGAAUCCUUGAUGGUAUCAAAUAUGGCGAUGUACUUGUGACAAUUGCCACUGGCGAUAUGACUGAAGAAGAAGCAACGGAACAAGGUCUUGUGCCUACCCAUGCCUAUGCAGUCAUAGAUAUCAAACAAUUUGGAUCCAAGCGUUUACUGCAAGUCAAGAACCCAUGGAGUCAUAAACGCUGGCGAGGUCCUUACAGUCAUCUUGACACGCAGGUUUGGACAGACGAGCUCAAAUCCUUUUUGAAUUUUGACCCUUGCGUAGCCGAAAAGAAGGACGAUGGUAUCUUUUGGAUCGAUUUUGAAUCUGUGUGUGAAAAUUUUACUUCCAUUCAUUUGAACUGGAACCCAGAGCUUUUUACGCACCGCUGGGUGCUUCAUUCUGUUUGGCCUGAACACGUUGGGCCGAAAAAAGAUGUCUUUAGUUUGCACUAUAAUCCUCAAUUUAGUCUCACUGUCAAUGUGCCCGAUAAAAAACCCGCUGCUGUCUGGUUAUUGCUAUCCAAGCACAUCACAGUGACGGAAGAAAAUACGGAUUAUAUCACCUUACAUGUAUAUGAUAAUACGAGUGGAGAACGUGUGUUCUAUCCAGGAACCCCAUUUAAAGAGGGUACUUAUGUCAAUAGUCCGCAUAUUCUCGUCAGAUUCAAUGCACCGCCAGGUAUUAGCGACUACACCAUCGUUGUCUCUCAGCAUGAAAAAGAACACUCGCUUUACUUUUCAUUACGCGCCUAUUCUUUGGCCCCUUUUAAAUUAAACGAAGUCCCCAUACGACACUCUACUGAACAAAAGCUAACUAUUCCUCCUGCCAGUGCCCCCGUCGGAUUAUUACUCAUGCUAGAGGCACCAAAAGAUUUUGCAGUUCAUCUCAUGUUGGUAGAAGGAGGAAAACGUGCCUAUAGUGUAUCUUUACGUGAUAUAUUGUCUGAAUCAGGCCCUUAUCGUCAUGGCUUUUGUUAUUGCGAACUACCAAAUAUCAAACAAUCUAUACCCUCAGAAGGAGCAGGCAUGUUUAAAAAAGUGCUUCAUGGCGAAUGGAUUAUUGGAUAUAGUGCAAUGGGAUGUCCCAUAAGACUUCAGUCGAUAAACAACACAGACUCUGUACCUUCAAUGAACGUCACGAUCUAUGAGAAACAUCCGACUGAGCUUUUUGGUAAAGAGUUGGCCACAUCAGGACCUUAUACCAACGUUAUUCAAGGGGUUGCUACGGGUGAUGUAGUGCUAAGUCAGAAUGAGAUGGGAUACAUUAUAGUAUUAGCUACUCAUGAUAAGGAUAUUGCAGCAGAGUAUACUGUCAUCAUAUACAGCGAUCGACCGGUUAAUGUAAAAAAUGAUAAAUAA